AUGAUUGCCAACAGCGUUCGAGACCUACCGUUCUCAUCGACUCUGAAAGGCAUUCGGUCGUUCCUGCAAAGUCUGAACCACUACAACAAGUUUUGUGAGGAUCUACUUGUUGUCGCAGCUAUGCUUUACGAGUUGGAUGAGGACUGGGUUCGAUCUGGACUCGAUCUAGAUAAGGCCAAGCAGUUUGUCAUCAUCCCUCAUACCAACCUCCGAGCGGUCUGUGGUGUCCUGGGUCAGGAACAGGAAGGUGUCAUCCAACCAAGCAGUUUCACUCGCUCAUCUAGGGUUCAGGACACCGAUUGUGAUCUACGCUCGGCAGUCCUGGAGUGGCUACUGAUGGGGAACUCCGCUGACGGCCGGCAUCUAAAGUGGGGUCUGGAAUUGUCGAUAUGGACUCUGGAACUGCGCCGCGUACAGCGUGAUAAAGACGGAUUGGCUUACCUCCUCGGCGCGGGUAUUAUUCUCAGAGAAUACGUAGACAAAGUUGCUGAGAACAUGAUCCCCAUCAAGGGCGAAUCAAAGCGCCUCCUCUAA